AUGUCGGUGGUGGGUCUAGUUUCCCGAUUUGUCACAUGUGGCCAAAAUCUGGCCGGCCACCGGCUCCAACAAGUACGAAACAAGUGGACCGAUUGGCGUAUGAUCAAGGAUCACAAACGUCGGCAGUGUGUGGUGCAGCAUGCGGAUGCCCGUUUGCGGGUAAACUCGCUCAGGAAGAACACGAUCCUGCCGAUUGAGUUACGGGAAAUUGCCAGCAAGGAGAUUGAUGCCUUUCCGCGUGAUUCGUCUUUGGUGCGUGUCCGAGAGCGGUGCGCAGUAACGUCGCGUCCCCGUGGUAUCGUGCACCGGUGGCGGGUCAGUCGUAUCGUGUGGCGUCACAUGGCGGACUACAAUAAGCUGUCCGGUGUGCAACGGGCAAUGUGGUAG